AAAUAACGACUUGAAGCAAAGCAUAUUCAAGUGAAAAUCGUGUAAAGAAGAUAUGCUUUUUUCUUUAAUUUGUUCCUUCUUCCUUUAUUUCCCUCAAAGUUCGGAUUCUGCACUAAACAAACCCGCAAAUCAUGCAGGAUUCUGCAGCAAGCAGUGGAAAUUCGAAAAAAGAAGAGCUUUCUAACUGUUCCAAGAAUGGCAGAAAAUAAUGAAGUUGAGAUAACACAAGGAGAAGUUAAGGAGAUAAAACAAGGAGAAGAUGAUGGCAAUAUUUUAAAUACGAGUAUUAAAUGGGGAGGUAAUUCAGAGAGUGUUGGAGAAGGACAAGAAUCAGGAGAAAAAAUAUUAGAGAAAGGUACUCAAGUUUUAAUUGAUAUGAUUGAUGAAAAUCAAGGAAUGGAAAAAGUAUGUCGUAUAUGUCAUUUGAAUGAAGAAUCCAAGGAAAUAAUUGAGCUUGGUUGUGACUGUAAAGCUGAGCUUGGUAUUUGUCAUCGCCAUUGUGCUGAAGCCUGGUUUAAUCAGAGAGGUAACAGAUUAUGCGAAAUAUGUGGGAAGACGGCAAAAAAUGUGGAAACAAGAUUACAGGAGAGCAGAAUAAUGGUGGUUGAAUGGAACCAACGGGCAGUAGAAGCCAGAAGUUCAUAUAUCACAUCUACUAUACAGCAGAAUGGUUGUAGAUGGAGAUGUCAGCAAUCUUGCUGUAAUUUCCUGCUUGCCUGUUUUGUAAUGGCAUUUACCCUCCCAUGGUUCUUCCGAGUUGAAAUUCCAUAAGAAAUAGACUCUCUGUUCCUUUUUUUCUGCUACCAAAAUCUCAUACCUUGUCUCUAUAGACAACGGAACUAUGCAAGUUCUUCAUAUAUGGAGUAUUUGUUCACCUCAUUGUAUUGUCCUCCAUUUAGCUAAUUAUACUCCUUUCCGUAUACUAAAAAGCAACAUUUCAUUUUUUCAGCUUGUUUUAUCCUGAUAUUCUAAGUUAUGUUUACGAAUGUUAAAGCAAUAUUGUUUCAUUUGUCAAAAAGAUCUGUACAAUUCGAAUGUUAUUGCUUUCUCAAAUAUGUGAAGCAAAGUUGGAAUAGACUUAGCCGAGGGUCUAUCGGAAACAGUCUCUCUGCCCUUCCAGGGUAGGGGUAAGGCUGCGUACGCCCUACCCUCCCCAGACCCCACUUGUGGGAUUAUACUGGGUGGUUGUUGUUGAAGUUGGAACACACAAACUAAAUGAGAACAAUUUGGGAAUGCUUGGUUUUCCAGCAAUUUUACAGGUUAUCUAUUUGACUUGAUACCUAGUGAGCCAUUACUCACUCUUAAAAGUUUUUACAACUACAACUAACUUACUUAAAAUAAAUAUAUCCAAAAACAAGAACUACAGGAGACUGAUUUCUUGAUAUCAGACUAGCACCUUUCUUUAUUCGUGUAAUCUGCUUCAUUGACAGCUCUUCGUUUUCCCUUGGCUUCAGAGUAGUGUUGUUAGAAGAUGGCAAAAGCAUGAUAAGCAGCAAAUUUAACUCGGAAGGAAUGAAACACAAUUUAGAAGAGGAAAAAAGAGCGCAAAGCCCCUUCCAGCUUUGCAAUAGAUACUUCACCAAGUUUGAGAGCAAAGUAGCAUUAGAUGAUUGCAAGACUCUACUGCACUUCCUUAGAAAUAGCAUCCACUGCUAAUGUUCAAUAUCUUCUUCUGUAGAACAUCUUGGGUCAAACAAGAAUUGAGUGUCUAAGUCCGCCCAAAGCAAGGAACUAUAGGAGGAGCCUUAGUUUUAUAUAGUAGUUCCCAUGGCCCUGCCUGCUUCAGCAACAAAAUGUAGUAAGUCUUGACUGAGAAAGUACCAUCUUUACUAGCCAACCAGAUAUGUGAGUCCAUUCUAUUUUGCAUCCAGGACUAUAGGUUCCAAAAAAGUAAUAAUCUACACAGCUCCUCCAUUUCCCAAGCAUUACAAUUUCUGAAUUGUAAUCGCCAGCCAGAUUCAGAUAAAAUGUCAACAACUACAGACUCCUUAUUUACAUCUAUGUUGUAUAAAUUAGGCAAAGAUAUCUUUUAGACAUCCUUCCUCUAACAAUCUGCCUAGCCAAAAUCUGAUCCUAUCCCCUCUGCCAGCUUUUAACAUAAUAUUCUUCGGGAGUUCAUCCCAUAAGCUGCAGAUUUGUUUCCAUACAACCAUUUUAUUUGGCUGUGAGACAGAUUUAGAAGCUCAAUUACCAGCUUUACCAUAUUUAGUGUCGAUCACCUCUUUCCACAAGUCAUUUCCUCCAUCAUU